UAACAAACGAAACAAACCAGGUGGGAAAUUGGAAUAGUAGUCUGAUGUAACAUAAUUUAGCCAAGAUGUUAGUGAAGGUGACAGUGAACUUGGCGGGAAGUGGAUGGAUUCGAGAUCUGUUCUGGAGAUCCACAGACCUUGCUGCUCUGCUCAACCCCAGUCAGGCUUCAUCUUUUGCCGUCAGAUACGCAUCCAAGAAGACAGGUGGCAGCUCCAAAAACCUAGGUGGAAAAUCAAUAGGCAAACGUUAUGGCAUCAAGAAAAUGGAAGGGCACUAUGUUCAUGCUGGCAACAUCCUUGGAACUCAGCGCCAGUUCCGCUGGCACCCAGGCGCCCAUGUGGGGCUCGGGAAGAACAAGUGCCUCUAUGCCCUGGAAGAAGGAAUAGUCCGCUACACUAAAGAGGUCUAUGUGCCCAAUCCCCAAAACUUGGAGGCUGUGGAUCUGGUCACCAGGCUGCCCAAGGGUGCUGUGCUCUACAAGACUUUCGUUCAUGUGGUUCCUGCCAAACCCGAGGGCACCUUCAAACUGGCAGCCAUGCUUUGAAGUCUUGGUGAGGCUAUUGGACAGAGACUGGAGCCCAGGUGACAGGAGCAGGUGGUAGCAUAAGUCAAGGGUCAGGGUGACAAUGAGGCCUCUCAGAAGAGGUCAGCUGGAUGGUGACUAUAGGAGCCUUUGUGCUGUGACUGCUGGAAACCCUUUAGUAGGUUAAAUAAAGCUAACUGGAGUCCUGUA